AUGACAAGUACGAAAGCUCCAUCAUCAUCAUCGAUGAUUGAAACUGAAAGUCCAAUUGGGACAUUGUCUUCAAUUUCUUCCCUUCUCCAUCAGCUCCUGACUGAAUACAAUCUGGAUGCUCAUGAUCUCACAAGCCUAGACACUUCAUGUUCCUUCUUCAGCCGGAUUGCUCAAGGCGAAGAAACCCUCUCAUGGACAGAGGCUGCAGCUUUGGAUCUCUGCAAGAAGAAACUUCUCAGCUUUGAGUCUAUGACAGCCUCACAGAUUGAAUAUCUGAAGAACAGGUGUGGAGGCUCAUGGAAACGCGUCUUGAGAUUCCUGCUCGCCCGUGAUUUCUGCUCCAGGUGGGGGAAAUCUCAAGUGCUAACCGGACCAGGUCAUAGCAUUGCGAUCAGCUCGAACGGAGUUGUUUCUUCAUUCGGGAGCAAUGAAGCGGGGCAGCUUGGAUACGCAACCCAAGGCAUCAACUCUUUGCCUCAACAAAUUAGAAUAGUUCAAGCGGCAGUUGGAUUUCAACGUACUUUGCUGGUUAGCGAUACCGGUAGAGUAUAUGCCUCGGGCGUAACUUCAUUCGGUGAAGUAGUGCCAUUUGAUAGAGAUGCAGUUACAUCAUUUGUACCGCAAAUAGUCGACACGUUGAGACACAUAUUUGUGGUAGACAUUACAAUCGGACAUUACUUCUCGGCGGUAUUAUCUAGAGAAGGUAAGGUCUUCACACUUUGUCUCCAAGGUCGGUCUACUCUGUUGGAUGUGGACAAGGCGGAUAGCUGGGACAUGGAGAAAUAG